AUGUUGUCCUCGAUCAAGACCCUCGCUACGCUCACCCUCCUCUCCUUACUCGCCAGUCCGGCCUCCGCCGUGACAUGGUACUUCCUGACAUACUACCCGGCCAGUGGCGCCCAGUUCACUGAAUUCUCCGGGUCUAUGGUCGUGCCCACCCUCCCCGCCGCGGCCACCUACUACCUCUGGCCUGGUCUGCAGCCCACCGACAACUCUGGAGUGUACCAGAAUGUCCUCGAUGGCCGUUCAGGUACUUGGUAUUUCGGCUCGGGCUGGUGCUGCAGCAACCCGUCCCUGGCCUGGGGCUCUGGCUUCAACACCUACGCGGGCGAGACGAACACGUUCAAAAAUGUCAGAAUCGACAGUACCAACUGGCAGUCAACCACCGUCCACGGGAGCACCGGCACAACCAAGACGGACACAUUCGCGCUGAGCUCCAAGAGCUUCAACCAGGCUAUUUUUGCCAUUGAGCUAUAUGAUGUUGCUUGGAACUUCGGGCCACUCACCUUCAAGAACGUGAAGAUCGUCGCCACGGGCAGCUCGAGCUCCUCGUGGUGCACUUCUAGCCCGAGCAACUACAACUCAGCCACGAAGUACACGAUCACCGGCGCGAAGGCCUCCGUCUCGGGCACGACGGUGACUUGCACGAUCGACUCGGUCGUCUUGUCAGGUCCGGCCUAA